GCUUCUGCAGCCACACCGGAGCAAGUCCUCCUCGCAGCCUUAGGUUGGACAACUCCCAGAAGACCGGUAAGCAGGAUAACAUUUCUCCACCUGGAAGGCGGACAGCCAAUCAGUAGCCUGUGUGACAGGGACAAAGUCCUUCAGCUCGCCGUCUCUCCCCCUCCACCUCCUCCCUGAGUGGUUUAUAGUUACACCCUCUGCGGGACUUUUACCUGUCCAGGUGAGACGCACUGUUGAAAGUGAUGUAACCACAUUCCCUUUGCUGGUAACAACUUUACAUCCUAUGAGCAUCCAGACGGAAAGCACACAGCCAGAAGUUGCCACGGCGAUGGCUGAAGCGUCAGCUCCUCCUCUUUCCCCCUCCGAUUUCGGACUGUUGACGCCGUCCCCACCUCCUGACUUAUGUGCGUCUUGUGGCCACAGCCACCAGCUGGAGGAGAACCAUGAGUACCUCUACAAGGACGAGGUGGACGACGAUCUGGUGUGUCACAUCUGUCUGCAGCCGCUCAUCAGGCCCCUGGACACGCCCUGUGGACACACCUACUGCCAGGAGUGUCUGACCAGCUUCCUGCUGGAGAGUGACUUCUGCCCUGUGUGCCGCACGCCGCUCAUGCUGCAGAGCUGCAGGAAGCCCAGUCUGCUGGUGCACAAGCUGUUGGACAAGCUCACCGUGGCUUGCCCCUUCACCGAUCAUUGCACUGAAACUCUGGCGCGUGGAGAAUUGGAGGACCACAUCAAGAGCAGAUGUAAAGGAGCGUCUCACUAUGGGCUCUCGGCAGACAGGAAGCGACGCUCACAGGAGGGCGAGUGCACCGACAGCACAUCGGAGCUCACUAUUGCCACGCUGCCCAACGAUGGCCCCACCUCUGCCGCUGUGGCUCUGCUGUCAGACGAGCCCGGCCUCGUCAACCCGGCCUUUGAUCCCAGCAUGGAGGACAAUAGUCAGUCUGGCAGCACGACCAGUCUGGCCGCUCGCAGCAGCACCAAGAAGAGUGAGUUCAGAAACUUUGACCGCUCCUCAGUGCGGAGCCGUUCCUUCCGGAGGUUGAACCGAGCCUUCAGCGUCCUUCGAAGGACCAAGAGCGGCAAUGCAGUCAGCAACGAGACAUCAGAGGAGAGGGACAAUGCCCGAAACUCCAGCGUGCCACAGGAAGUGUUGGCUCUUCCUCAGCUGCAUCACCUGAUCCCUGAUGGUGAAGUUACCAGUAUUAAGAUAACUCGUGUGGAUACCUCAGAGCCGCUGGCCAUCAGCAUUGUUGGAGGCAGCGAGACCCCUUUGGUUCGCAUCCUCAUCCAGGACAUUUACAGAGAAGGGGUUAUAGCUAGAGAUGGACGUUUGCUGCCGGGGGAUAUGAUCCUCAAGGUGAAUGGCAUCGACAUCAGCAAUGUACCACACUGUUUCGCUGUGGCCACCCUCAAACAGCCGUGUCAACUUCUCCGGCUAACUGUGCUCAGAGAACAGCGCCACCGCUACCGCUCGCAUUCACAUGGCCACCCGCACAGCCACGGCCACAGCCACGAACUUGCCGGAGGCCACCCGUCUCACGGCCUGCCCCACCACCCCAUGAGGGAUGACAGCAUCCACGUGGUCCUGAACAAAAGCACGCCAGAGGAACAGCUGGGCAUUAAGCUAGUGAGGCGACCAGAAGAGCACGGAGUCUACAUCUUCCACCUGCUGGAGGGUGGCCUGGCAGCACGUGAUGGACAGUUGUGCGUUGGCGACCGCGUGCUAGCCAUCAAUGGGCACGAUCUGCGUUACGGUGCACCGGAGCAUGCAGCGCUGCUUAUUCAGGCGAGUGAGGAGUGUGUCCACUUCAUAGUGUCUCGUCAGAUCUGCCUGCCCACUCCAGAUAUCCUACAAGAAGCCCCCUGGGGCAUGGACGGCCCUCCACCCUAUUCCCCUGUGGAUAUUGAGCAAACACUGCUGGACUCUUGUCAGAAGCCUGCUUGUUAUGAGAAGACUGUUACUCUAAGUAAGGAGCCGUAUGAUUCCCUGGGCAUGACGGUGGCGGGUGGCAUGUCCAGCCGAGGGUGGGACCUUCCCAUUUACGUCACCAAUGUGGACGCUGAUGGUGUGGUGGGGCAGGAAGGCUCCAUUCGCAAAGGUGACAUUUUGCUAAACGUGAACGGGGUGGAUCUGACGGGCGUGACGCGCGGCGAGGCCGUGGCCAACCUGAAGAACACGUCCUCUCCCGUCGUGCUCAAGGUCCUGGAGAUGCGUCCACCUGAGGAAAGUCUGCAAGAAUGUACGCUGCCACCUUGUCUUGUGCCGUCGCCCACCGAUAGCACCAAGAGCCCGCUGCCCAAUGACGAUUACUCCCCGCUGUGGGUGUCAUGGCUGCAGCUACCGAGGCAUCUCUACUGCUGCAAAGACAUCGUUCUGCGGCGGAGUACUUCAGGCAGCCUCGGUUUCAGUAUUGUGGGAGGUCAGGAGGAGGUCAACUGCAAUCAGUCCUUUUUUAUCCGGUCCAUCGUCGAGGGAACGCCAGCCUACAACGAUGGCAGGAUAAGGUGUGGAGACAUUCUGCUGGAGGUGAAUGGAAAAAGUACGUGGGGGAUGACCCACACGGCGUUGGUUCGCCUUCUGAAGGAGCUCCGGGGAAGGAUCACGCUAACCAUCGUCUCCUGGCCGGGCAGCCUGCUGUAGCAGUGCUAUCCAGACCAUCCAGCACUGCAUCAGUGGCACUGACCAAGGAAUGUGGAAGACAGAUCAUUAAGACUAAAUCACCACCCCUGAGCUUGCUGUGUGUGUGCGGUGGGAGCUUAUGAUAGUGCUGUAGCUGUUUGGAUACCUCACUCCUGCUGGACAAAUGAGACUUUUCCAGGAGUUUGGAGCGGGACACACAAGAACUGGAUUGUUACCAGAGGUUAACUCGCCCAUUAAAUCCAAGGAUGCAGAACUGUUUGGAUCCAGGCCUGAGACAUUUCCAACUUGUUUGUUGGGUGUUUGUUAAAGGAUUCUUUGGAACAGCAUUCAGUAAAUGGGUGGAGAUACAACACGUUGCCAAUUCCAGUAGUUAAAUAUUAGGAUAUGCGUUAAGUUGGACUCACAUUUCUUUACUGUAAAUGUUGGGUGUCUAAAAAAAAAAAAAAAAAGUACUGAUCUGCACACUUGUAAAAUGUUUCUUUUGUUUGUUUGUCGUACAGCCUUCAAAUGUAGGCUUUAUUCUGUUUGUACUGAAAGUGGUUGUCAUCUUCAUCUGUUUGACCUGACGACACGUUGCCAAGUAGUAGUCUGUGAGGUUUUUCUGUUAUUUCAGAAGCUAUGGCUAAAUUAUCACACCACUGAUAAGGAAAAUAUAUGAAAAAAAUGGAUCAAUGUGUUCAUAACAUGUUUAAAAGAAGAAGAAAAAACAAUAUUUAAUUAGGUGACUUUGUGGAGGCCUUACUAAUUUUCUUACUUUUAAGAAGAAAAAAUUGACUUGGUUUCUUCGUAUCAGUGGAUGAACUGAGGCUCAUUUACUGCGGUUCUGUCUGUCACAUUUUGGCCUGUGUAGUAUAUCUGAUGGUACAUUUGGUUAAAUGAUCAAUAAAGUCAUUUGAAAAACA